GGGAAUGUUCUCGCUCAAAUCUCACUGCAAACGCAAGUAUUUCGUGCGGUUGGUAUUGAGAUCCAACGUGACCUGGCCGCUAGAGGUAUGGAGCCGAUUGCGUCUAGGGCAUCGCGCUUUCCACACUUGCUCAAGAUCAGCGUCGUCACCGCAGACAUCCGCAAUAUUGGUGAAGUCAGCGAUACUGUUAUCAGAGCUGAUCCAGACUCGAAGUUGACUCAACCCAGCUCCCUUAGCAGCUCCGCCACCCUUUUAUUUUGCCACGACACUGUGUUCGAAGAAGAUGUGGUUUUGGCAAUGCGUGUUUUGGGCAUGAAGCUACCUCAUCUACGUCUGGUGGUGCUGACAACACGAGUGUGUCUACGGCAUCGUAAUACGUGCCUAAAUUCGUUUUGCUAG